GCGGACUGGGAGACGGAGGUCCAAGCGGCAUGCCGGGCCCAGCUGGUGCUCCAGGGUUUCCAGGUCCUAAUGGGAUGAGGGGGAAGCUAGGACCCAGGGGGGGCCCUGGGACCGCCGGCCCACAGGGUCCUGAUGGCUCAGCAGGAAUAACAGGCCAGCAAGGUUCUGAUGGGCUUUUCGGGACGGCUGGGGAAAAGGGAGAGAAGGGUUUACCAGGACCUCUUGGAGAUGCAGGCCCAGUCGGACGAGGUGGACAGCAGGGCAACCUGGGCCUGUCGGGAGUUGAAGGCCCCCCUGGUCGUAAGGGUGACCAGGGAGACCCAGGUAAUCAGGGGAAGGCUGGUCCGCCCGGUCUCCUAGGUGACAGAGGGCUCCAAGGCCUGAAGGGAGAGCAAGGUCCAACCGGACCAAUCGGUAAAGAGGGAGACACUGGAUCCCCCGGUGAGACGGGGGGCGUGGGACCCGACGGGGACAAGGGUGAGGUGGGCCCCUAUGGGCUGUCAGGGAGAGAGGGCCCCUGGGGGCCCCAUGGAAAGAACGGUGAAGGGGGUCCUAAAGGAGAGAAGGGCUUCCUUGGAUUAAUGGGUGAGCCCGGGUUGCUGGGCGAGGUGGGGCCUGCAGGGCUGGCAGGAUUACAGGGAAUCGCGGGUACUAAUGGACAACCAGGUCUGGAUGGAUCUCAGGGACUGAAGGGAGACUCUGGAUCGUACGGGUUCACUGGACCUCCAGGGGUAGCAGGUCCUCGGGGGACCAAUGGAGAUGUUGGAGUCAGGGGAGACCAUGGGAAGCUUGGACCACCGGGUCAGGUAGGACAGGCCGGGCCCAAGGGGCCUGUCGGAGCCAAAGGGGCCCCGGGACCGGAGGGAAUGAAGGGAGAAUCAGGAGCACUAGGCCCACCUGGAGAACAGGGUGAAGAGGGUACACCUGGCAUCAGGGGACCCACGGGCUUACCUGGACUAGAGGUAGAGAACAAACACCUCCUGAAGGACUGUUAG